AUGGAUGUAUAUAGUUAUGGGAUUGUCGUGUUGGAGAUGCUGAUUGGGAAAGGCCCAACGACUGAUAUUCAAGCGGUGGACGAAACAGAAAAGACAGAGAAUAGGGGAUUGGGAAGUUCUGAUGGGAUUGAAUCGUCGCUGGAAAAGAUCAUGGAUCCUUCCAUGGAGGGAGCAUAUGACAUGAUGACGAUGGCAAAGCUUUUAGUGGCAGCUAUGAAAUGCGUGGAGGAAGAGAAAGGUGCUAGGCCGGCCCACAAUAGUCAAGUCGUUGAGAUGCUUCAAGAUAUUUAUUAG